AUUUAUGUAUUUUUUAGUGUGAUUGCAGUUGAAAGUUGAAAGUGUCAACCCAGCUAAUAUUAAUGACAACACAAAAUAGUGAGAAUUCGAAGAGAAGGUGGUGUGGAUACUGUGCACUGUAAAAACGAAGCAGGAGAUAAGGAAGGAACCGCGGCUGGCCGUGGUGUGUGCGAGCGCUGAUCGAGCACUUGUAAGAUCGAAAAGUUAAUAUCAGUUGCCGUAAGAGAGCGCCCAAGUUUGUGUUGCAAGAUGGCGGAUAUAUCCUACUUCCAGAAUGAUGAGCUGGAAGAAGACCCCAAUGACGAAAUGGAAGAAGAAUAUAACAAAGAUGCGUACGAUAAAAAUUAUGAUGAAAACUAUGGAAAAGAUUACGAGAGUGCGUACGAGUCAGCAGAUGUUGUGGUCACAAACAUGCAGAGGGAUCCGAGAUUGCUUGAGGACGAUGGAGUAAUCCGCCUUGAAGAGCAUGUCACGUCGAACACCUCCUGUGAAAGACAAGUGGUCGGGGAGAUCUUGCUGGGGAUCUUUCAGAACGCCGUCAAGUCGAAAACCGUGGUUAACGUCUCGAGGGUGUUCGAACCACUCAAACACAUCAUCCAUGACCCAGAAGCUGCAGUGAAAUCAACGUUGGUCGUCUGUUUACCCAACAUCUUGGUAUUGUAUCAGGAAGUACCACGUGUAUUCAGUGAGAGUCCGACUCGGCGGGUGCUUAACAUCGUCACUGGAUACCUUCAUGAUUCUGAAACUCAGGUACGGCAAGAUGCGUUGGGGGUCAUUAAAACGCUGCUGGACCGCGAGCUACUGGACGAAGAGUCCAUCGAGCAGGACCUGUGCAAAACUAUCAUCGAUCUCUCGUGUCACGUGAGCUACGACUUGCAAUCAUUGGCGCUUAGUCUCAUGACGAGAGUGAAUCCAUUCAUAGGGGAUGAACUGACGGAGAAGCUAUUCCUCGAUCGGUUUCUCGAUCUGUGCACGAGCGAUGCCUUCUUGGUCAGAAGGGUGUGCGCCUCCAUAGUGGGCGAGUUCUGCACGAUAUUGUCGAAAGAGGCAAUUUACAACAAAUUGCUACGCGCAUACUCGAAACUGUGCAUGGAUGCGGUGUGGAGCGUGCGAAAAACAACGGUCGACGUGAUGAUGUCGGUGGUACGGUGCGUGCCCCUGUCGAUGCGCCGGCAUUUACUCUCGAAGCUUCUUGUCCAGCACUUGCGCGAUGAAUCGCGCUGGGUCCGACGCUCGGCCUACGAGAUCCUGGGCCCGUUCAUUUCCACCUUCGCUAAGCAGUUCAACGAGCUCAUCUGCGACCAGAAGGGCGAGCUCGUGCUUGUUCACGAGAAUGAGCGUGGCUGGCCUCGUUUCAACGUAGUUCCUGUGGCUAAGUUUUCAGAUAUUCUUUCGGAAAACCUCAAUUUUAACAGCAAAUUGAGAGAUAGCUCGAUAGAAGAAAGAAGUUGGGCCACUUUACAAGCACAGACACGCAAUAAAGCAGAUAUGUAUAUACCAGGGGAUCCAUACGACGUUAUACUAAAGAAUAAAAUCAGCCAAAUGAAAGAUUAUGAAAACUUUAACACGUUUAAGUACUACUACAAUCCACCUGAUACGCCUCUUGAUAUGGAUUUCGUAAAAUCUAUUAUCAGUGAAGAUUCAGGCACGAGUGACAACGACAUCGCAAAUGACGAUAAUUCCACAAACACUGAUGAGAAUAUCUCUUCCAACGAUGAUGUUAAAAAUUAUCCAAUCAGCAAUGGUUGGGCAACUUACGAUGGUGUUCAAGAUAAUGAGAACAAUACUGAAAAUAACAGCGAACAACAACCACAAAAUCAAAAAAUCCAGUUAUCCGAUGAUAAUGAAAAUAACGUGAAUUAUAAGCAAGAGCAAGAACACCAGCAACAGCAAAAUACAGACAGUAAUGAUAAUAAUGACAAUGAAAACAACGAGCCCAAGGUCAGGCUCCAAAUGUAUGAAAACGAGGAGAAUCGUGAUGAGAAUAGUGACGACGAGGAUUAUACAAGCCGUGAACAGAGGAAGACCAGACGCAAUCGUUGUACUAGCGAUAUUCGUUGCGGAAUCUUGAAUAAUACGUUCGACGUGUCUUUCUCAGAACAGGGCUCUUCUUCAAACAACGCCCGUUCUUACGACUCUUCGCUCGAAUUUUACGAUUCGGACUGGGAAGACGAUGAUAACGACAUAGUGCCAGGAAUUCUCGUCAGGUAUUACAUCAAAAUGGCAUGGAACCAGUCCAAUUCGAACGAAGGCGGUCCGGGUCUCGACUAUCAUUGUGCCUUUAGCUUUCCUGCUGUCGUACUGACUCUAGGCAAAGAAAAUUGGCCCAAACUGAAAGACGCAUACCAGUCACUUGCUGGCGCUGUAACAUGGAAGGUGCGUAGCACCCUGGCUUCGAGCAUCCACGAAAUCGCCACAAUUAUCGGCAAAGAGUACACCGCAUCUGAUCUCGUUCCAAUUUUCAAUGGAUUCAUUAAGGAUUUGGACGAGGUCAUGAUUGGUGCGCUCAAGCACUUCGGCACCUUCUUGAACGUUCUCAGUCCUCAAGAUCGAACCCAGUAUUUGUCAAAGCUCAACGAUUUCCUUGUCACCGACAGCAAGUGGAACUGGAGACUUAGAGAAGAACUUGUCAAACAGCUAUCUUUCAUCAUCAAGUUGUACCAGAGCAUGGAUGUAGCUCAAUAUAUUGCGCCUCUUCUGUUGCACCUAAUGCAAGAUAGAGUUGCAGCUGUUCGACAAGAGGCGAUUCACGCUGUGGCUACCACAAUAUCGUAUCUAGACUCGCACAGUGAUGACGCGUUGGCGAUAGCCAUGCUUCGAGAAAUGAGGAACUUGCUUAAGUCGCACGCAACCGAAAGAUGGAUGAUUCGCCAGACCUAUGCACUUGUCUGUCAGAAGCUUAUCGAGAAUACAAUUGUCACCGGUGAGGUCUUUGCUCGUGAACUUCUGCCAUAUUUGUUUGAGCUGUCGUAUGAUAGGGUACCCAACGUCAGGCUUGUCGUUGCUCGAACGUUCAGCGAAUUGGUUUAUCAAAUGCCCACUUACUUUGAUACGGAACUGAUGAAUGAAGUGAGACAAAAACUAAAAGAUAUGCAAAAGGAUGCCGACAGAGACGUGCGCAUGUUUGCCAGUGAGCUGUCAGACAAAUUUUUCUAAGAGUUAUCAAUUAUACCUAAAUACACUAAAUACGAAUGGCAUAGCAUGAUAUUCGCGUUAAGCCUUCGAAAGAAGGCAAAAAUUUUGUUUUCCAUUAUGGUUUGACAUGAAUUUUACUUAGUCUGGUGAGAUGAGAAUUAAUGUCAAGUUAUUGAAAAAUAAAAUCUCAAGAUUCAUAAAGAUAUAAAUGCGCAAGCAUUAGCAAUAAAUCAGCUUUUUUUUUAUCCAUAUUUUCUUUUGAUUCUCGUAAAUUUACAAAUUCACUGUGGUUACUAGAUAACAAACAAGAACACUGCUGCGACUAAGUGAUAAAAAAAUAAUAUCUCAAUUAUGUUACUGCCGAUAAACGAUAAAGAAAACAGCAAGAUCCGUCGAGUUGCGUUCGUAGUUCAUGUUAUGCAUUGUGCUAAAGGACAUGAUGUUUAAAUGCACAUUUAUAGUAAAGAAGUUUGUACACAUAAAAUAAAAAUCCAAACAUCAAUGUAAUUUUGAGUAUUUUAGAUGCGCGAUUAUGUAUUUCAGGAUGUGAGCGUUAAUCUUUUUUUUCUUAACUGCCAAAUAUUAAUGAUUUCCUUCUACGAAACAAGUAGCAUUCGGAAAUACUGAUGUUUCUGAAGCAAUUUAUUAUAUCUACUUACGCAUGGUGUAACGAAAAAGUUACAAUAGGAAAGCCAUGUAUUACUCAAGUAAUACAUUUUUAAAUUAAAGUAAGCGUUUAUACCGUGCAUCCUGUUUAUUCGGCAUACUUUUCUGCAAUUAAUAUGUAAAUAAAGUUGAGAAAUAGCGAUACGUCACGUUUUUGAAGCAAACAAAAAGUAUAUGUAUGAAAUUGUUUAUACUCACUCAUCAAAUUUUGAAGUACAAUCUUUUAUAACGCGUGUUAUUUUAUUUACGUUUAAUUAGUUUUACAUUCAGCUUUGUUGCCUUGACAUUCAAACAGUUUUUUGCUCGAUGUUUUUAAAUUUUUGUAAACCUAAGCAUUUUAUAAUAAUUUUUAAUAAAAUAUUACAGCACUGAUUGCUAACUCACACUAGCAAAGAUAAAGAUGGUUGCGCACUCGCGACAUUGUUUUUGUACUUUUUCAAAGGAGAAAGCGUAAUUAGAGAUAUAAAUAAUUGUACAGUAUAAGAGAUUUAACGUAAACAGCCCGAAAACUUACGACGCAAGAAUUUUUCGCGAAAUUCUUUUUUAAUAGUAAACUAAUUUGUUGCGUUCGUGUUCAGUGAGAAAUUCUCGCUGGCAAGUUUUUGGGAAUCAUCGUCGACUCGCAAAAUUUUGCGUAAGCAAGUUAUCUUUUUUUUUUUUUUUUUUUUUUUUUUUUUUUUUUUUUUUUUUUUUUUUUUCCGUAGUUUUCUUUUACUACGUAGCUACUCAAGCCCGCAAUUUUUUCAUAAACAAAUAUUGUGCAGUGUCAUAUAUCGAAGUCUUUUUAUUUUUUUCAUAGAUUCUGAACAUGAUUUUGAUUAAAUAACGGUCAUUUAUAAAAAUUAAUAUACAACUGUCAAUUUUAUAAGCUGUCAAUCGCUACAUUUCCUCUGUACUGUAAUUAAAAUUUAAAAAUAUAUUUAAGAAAAAUGAAUUUGUAUGAGACUUUAAUAUUAACUUGAUUUCGAUAUUAUUUAAAUCAUUCAGCACUUUUCCAUUAAAAGUUGUAUUUUCUUACUCUUUCAAAGAUUCUGGUUUCACACAAUAAUCAAAAUACCAUUGCGUAUUUUUUUUUUCUUUCAAAUUUAAUACUUAAAUUCAAGUCAGUCUUUGAUCACUUUAAUGAUAAUGCUCAAAAUGUCGACGAGCUUUUUUUAAGAUUAUAAAUUUAACAAAAGUAUUUUUUAGAUUUUGGAUACCUACAACGGUAGUGUAAAUAUUCACAGUUUUGCAAUAUUCAAAGACUGAAUGUGCUAUUUUGCUCAAAGACUCAUUUUUCCACGCGAUGACCACUGCUCGUUAUAUGUGAACACAUGUGAAGAGAUCAAGAUGAGUGAUUGUGUGUACAUUAUGUAUUUGCUAACGAGAUGAGGAAGUAAUAAAUCA